AUGGCGUCUGCUACUUCUCUCCCUGCGGCAGUCGAGUCGCUCUCUCUCCAGACUACCUCGGAGACAUCUAAGUUCCCUAACUGCUUUCCGUCUCUGAAUCCCGUAGAUCUUUACAGACAGCACAUUGCUGAGAGCUUGGGCGCUGCCGCGGACAUUGACGCCGAGAAGAUCUAUACCCGCCUGCAAUGGACGAACACUUUGGAUAAGGGUGACCUUGUCCUGCCGGUUCCCUCGCUGCAAAUCAAAGGAAAGAAGCCGCAAGAACUAUCCGAAGAGCUCGCAUCGAAGUUCCCGGAAUCCGAUCUCGUCAAUCCCCCCAUCGCCAAUGGCGUCCACCUCACAUUCUUCUUCAAGACUACGCCGCUCUCGAAGAACGUCAUCGGAAAGAUUCUCAGCAACAAGGCGGCGUAUGGAUCGAAUGGAAACCUGGGUCUGCGCGACCCCCAGGAUCCUUCAAAGGGCCGGAAGAAGAUGAUCGUGGAGUUUUCGUCGCCUAACAUUGCGAAGCCUUUCCAUGCUGGGCACUUGCGGAGCACCAUUAUUGGUGGUUUCUUGGCCAACCUUUACACUGUUGUCGGGUGGGAUGUUACCAAGAUGAACUACCUCGGUGACUGGGGUAAGCAGUAUGGUCUGCUUGCGAACGGAUACAAGAAGUUCGGUGAUGAGGAGAAGCUACUGAAGGACCCCAUUAACCAUCUGUUUGAUGUUUACGUCAAGGUCAAUGGCAUUGUGUCUGAGCAGGAUGGUCCGAUUAAGGAGCUUAAGGAGCAGAUCAAGACGAAGAAGGAGAAGGGCGAGGAUGUCGCCGAACUUGAGCAGGAGCUCGCGAAGCUUGUUGAUGUCAGUGAGGACGAGAAGGCACGUCGCUACUUCAAGAGCAUGGAGGACGGUGACGCUGAUGCUCUGGCCCUCUGGCGCCGAUUCCGUGAGCUCAGUAUCCAGAAAUACAAGGAAACAUACGCCCGCCUGAACAUCGAUUUCGAUGCCUACUCUGGCGAGUCGCAAAUCAAACAGGAGAGUAUGUCUACCGCGAACGACACACUAGAGAAGAGCGGUGUUUCUGAGAAGUCCGAGGGUGCCGUUAUCGUUGACUUUGUCAAGCACGGCGCGAAGAAGCUUGGAAAGGCCAUCAUUGUCCGAAAGGACGGUACGCCACUCUACCUGACCCGUGAUAUCGGUGCUAUUCUCGAGCGUGAUGAGGAGUACCACUUCGACAAGAUGAUCUAUGUUGUUGCCUCCCAGCAAGAUCUGCACUUGGCUCAGCUUUUCAAGAUCACAGAGCUCAUGGGCUACAAGGACCUGGCUAGCCGGUGCCAGCACAUCAACUUCGGUAUGGUCCGCGGAAUGAGUACCCGCAAGGGUACCGUGAAGUUCUUGGAUGAUAUCUUGAAGGACGUCGGCGAAAAGAUGCACGAGGUCAUGAAGAAGAACGCCACCAAGUACGAGCAGAUUGAGGACCCUGAGCGGACGGCUGAUAUCCUGGGUAUCACCUCCGUCAUGGUACAGGAUAUGUCUGGAAAGCGUAUCAACGGCUACGACUUCAACCUCGAUGCCAUGACAUCGUUCGAAGGAGACACCGGUCCUUAUCUGCAAUAUGCCCACGCCCGUCUCUGCUCUGUUGUCCGUAAGGCGGAGAUGAACGUGGAGGAGCUCUCUUCAGCCAACCUCGAUCUCCUAACGGAAGCCCACGCCACCGACCUUGUUCGUCUGCUGUCACAGUGGCCCGACACCAUCGCUCAAACCACCAAGACUCUCGAACCCACCACCAUCGUCACCUACCUUUUCCGUAUGACUCACAUCCUCAGCUCCGGCUAUGAUACCCUCCGAGUUGUGGGCAGCGAGCCUGAGGUGAAGAAGGCCCGUCUGGCUCUGUACGAGUCCGCCCGGCAAGUCCUGAACAACGGCAUGCGACUUCUUGGUCUCACGCCUGUCAGCCGGAUGUAA